CCGGAUUUGGAGGGCUCAGAAUGUCUCAACUUCAGCACGGACAUCUUUGGCAACUACAACUUCUCCGAGAAUGACAUGCCGCCACUACCGGCCUUGGAGACCGGCCACGUGAUUAAGAUCGUCUUCUACGCCGCAGUCUUCAUCGGCUCUCUGGUGGGAAAUGUCGGCGUCAUCGUCAUUGUCGCCACAUCUCGACGCAUGCGCAGUGCGAUCACUGCCUAUCUUGUCAACCUAGCCGUCGCCGACAUCAGCAUACUUCUACUCUGCAUGUGGGUUCAUCUGGUUCAAGAUAUAUCCAGACACCGGCAUUACCCACUUGGCGCCUUUUGGUGUCGCUUCAACGGUUUCGCGCAGAUGACCGCGCUGACGGCCUCCGUGCUGACGCUGACCGCUAUCGCCUGCGACCGAUUCGUGGCGGUCAUGUUCCCACUGCGGGCUCGUCGCUCCCAGACCGGUCGACGAGUCGGUAUCAUCAUCGCCGGUAUCUGGGUGGUGUCCAUGGCUGCCGCCCUGCCGCUGCUGAUACACAGACAUCUGCUGGAGAUACAGUGGAAGAACGCGAUUGAAUAUUCUUGCCAGGACAAUUGGCCCACCACGUACGAAUAUAACGAAGAGGCUGGCGGAUGUCUGCUGACCCAGAAAUAUAAGCACAUGUAUCAGACCCUGGUGGCCGUGGCUCUGUUCUUCGCUCCGAUUGCAGUCAUGGGCGGCGCCUACACGCUGAUUGUCUGGCGUUUGUGGCUGUCGCCCUUUCCCAGUCAAGGAAUGGAGUCUCAGAUACACCAGAGCAAUGGAUCAAAAAAGAGGGUGGUGAAGAUGGUGGUGCUGGUGAUGGUGGUGUUUGUGGUCUGCUGGCUGCCGCUGCAGGUCAUCAGCCUGUACUCCAUGUUUGCCAUCGAUACGGGCCACAGCGCGCCGCCCUCUUGGUUCGAGAGCGUCCACUUCUUGGCGUACUUCAUGGCCUACAGCAACUCGCUAUGGAACCCGAUCCUGUACGGCGGCUUCAACGCCAGCUUCCGCCAGGGAUUCGUCAGACUGUUCCUGUGCCGACGGCCGUCCUUCAGCCGUGGCUUUAGCCGGUCACGUGAUAAGAAUGGGUACACGGCUGCUCUCGUGCACCUGAUGCCUCACCAUGGAACCAGUUCUCGGCGUACGCAAAUGACAACCGUACGAUGAGAGAUGAAUCUCACAUGGCGAGAACUGAAUCUCACACGAUGAAAACUGUCUCACACACUGUGAGAACAGGGUCUCACGCGGUGAGAAACUGUGAGAGAUGGACUUCGUUAAAGUCGCCGUGCUCCGAAGAUGCCAUUAGUCCCGGGAAGUGGAGCAGCAACUGCCCAGACUUCUACCAACUUCCGCGCCAGCUCCAGGAAAUGAAAGAAGUGGGGCUCAACCUCGGACACCACGUGAUGUGAGCGCGCCACGUGAGGGAUAAUUGCCACGCUAUGUCUGGUCACCACGUGAUGUGAUCUUACCACAUAAUGUCCGGUUACCACGUGAUAUGGAAUCGUCACGUGUCGCCAGGUUUCCAUGUGACGCUACAAUCGCUACAACAAAUCAGUCUGGAAUCUGAGUGAGCUCAUUAAUAG